UGAAGAGCCUCGCUGAGCUGAAGACGAUCAGAAAUGAAACCGUGAGCGAGCUUUUCAGCGUCUCGCUCGUCAGAGCUCUCGCCGUCGCUGACUUCAGUCCAGUCAGAGUGAAAUCCUGGUUUCUGUGUUUCUGUCUGUGUCCUCAGUGAAACCAUCUGCCGUCAUGGUGGGAACCUCCCCAGCUCCAAGCACACUGGCAUGACAGAGCUGUAGCAGAUGGAGUGGACUGUUAGAGAAGCUGCAGCUUUGAUUUUGUCCAAUAAAAACGUCUCUCCACAUCUGUCCCCCUCAGCCUUCAUCGGUCCACCUGAUGUGACUCUUCAUGUCACUGGGACAUCUUUGGAAGUCAGCAUUAAAGACCCAGUGUUCAAGCAGUCAGAACUGAGGGAGACGUACACCUCGGCCACCUAUAACAUCACCUACUGGAAGAGCAGCUCGAAGGAAGAGGUGGGAACGCCGGUAGAAACAAUGAGUGACAUGAUGCAGGACCGAGUGGUUCUUAGUGACCUGGACCCGCUGAGCGAAUACUGCGUCCAGGUCCAAAUCAUCACCAACAUGAACCCCAGACCGAGCGAGUACAGCGACGUCGUCUGUGAGCGCACCGGUGACGUGGAUGCAGCUCCGUGGGUGGCGGCCGUGGUGACGUUUGUGGUCAUGGCCACGGUGGUGGCUCUGGUGGUGACUCUGGUGGUCUACUGGAAACAAAUCUCCAAGUUCCUGUGCCCAGAAGUCGUGCUGCCGCCACACUUUAAAGAGUCUCUGCUGCUGAAUGAUCCCAACUCCAUCUACCCAGUCUCGCUGCCCUCUGAGCACUGCGACCACGUCAGCAUCGUAGCAGACCACAGGACUGAGGAGGAAGGAGGGUGCAGCACUCAGCCUGAUACCUCACAGGAUGGGGGCUAGGAGGCGCAGGAGGGGGUGGGAUGCACUUUAAAGACUCUGAGAAUCGGCCUCUGACUGUGAGGUUUUAGAGCUGUGAACUCUGCAGCAGUGAAGUGAUGAAGACGAGCAAGAACAGGUGAAGCUGGCCCAGGUGAAGCUGUUCCCACUGUCACAGGCUGCUGUUUAUACUUUAAUAGUUUAUUCAUGUCAAUGUAAAUGUUUUGCUUUCUACUGGUUUUUUAAUGGUUUUAAUGGUCGGAGGUUAACCGAAGCCUCUGCUGCUCCUGCUCGUAGGAACCAGGUGACCCGAUGCUGGGCUGUACUGAGACAGUCUGGGUCUUUUACUGCUCUGUCUUCGUAGCCCAGUUUAAUUACGUGUUCAGUAACUGGAUUACAACAUAACUACAUGUGAAGGUGUAGCCCUGCAGGCUGUGUGUUUGGGUGUAGUAAUAACUGAUGUGGGGAUGAGGUUGGCUUGGGUUUGCCACCAGCUGCUGUGAGACCUCGCCGUCCUCUGCUGUUUCCAGCGGGUUCACCUUGGAUCUCCAUCAGGCAGGAUUCGGGCCGUCCAGCAGAACUUAUGAUGAAGAAGUGUGAACACUGUAAAUACUCUGAUUUAUUUCUAAUAAAAGUCUUUGUGACGGAUGAAA